UUAUGACGGUGAUUGGUUUAUAGAAAUGAUUUUGAAAAUAAUUUUUGAUCAAAUAGAAAUAUUUGGUUGGAACCACAUAGAUGUGAAUAAGCCAAUAGAGACAAAGAGGUGUAAUAAAUUAAUCGAAUACCAAGCUCGUGCACCACGAGGGAUAUAGACGGUAGUUUGGUAAACGAAACAAUGGUUUAAUUAUAAAUAUAAAUACUUGUAUUAUUAUUAUUAUUAUUAAUGUAUGUAAUAAAGUUUUAGAAAUCAUAAAAUGAUUACAUUAGAAAGUGGUAGUAUUAGCCUAAUUAAUAUUACAAUAAGCUUUUUGUUAUGUGUAAUUGUAUUGAAAUGCUUAUCGCAACUUGUAAAUGGGUUUUGGAUUAUUCCUAAACGUCUUGAAAAGUGUCUUAAUCAACAAGGUUUGAUCGGAAAUUCUUAUAAGUUUUUGGUUGGAGAUUUAAAGGAAAAUUCAAGAUUGCGUGAUCAAGCUUUCAAUAAGCCUUUCCCUUUCACUCAUUAUUACUUUCCUCGUACUCAACCUUUGCUCCACAACCUUCUCGAAAGUUCCGGUGGAGAUAGAAGAUGUUAUACAUGGAUGGGACCAGUGCCAACAGUAUUGAUCACAGAACAUGAGCUAAUAAGGGAUGUUUUUACAAGAAUGAACCUUUUCAAAAAGCCAAAACUAAACUAUCUACUUGAAAUACUUCUCUCUGGACUCGUUCAAUAUGAGGGUGAGAAAUGGGCUAAACACAGGAAACUUAUUAACCCUGCUUUUCAUACCCAAAAGCUUAAGUUUAUGCUCCCUGCAUUUCAAACCAGCAUUAGUGAAGAGCUAGAAAAGUGGGAAGGUCUGGUAACUAAAACAGGUAGUGCAGAGAUAGAUGUGUGGCCAAGUCUUUUAAGCAUUACAGCUGAUGCCAUCUCUAGAGCUGCUUUUGGUAGUAGUUUUCAAGAUGGUAGAAAGAUUUUUGAUCUUAUCACUGAGCAAAAAGAUAUUGUUAUGAGAAAUAUGAAGUUUUCCUUCAUCCCUGGUUGGAAGUAUUUUCCAACAAAGGCAAAGAAGAGGUUAGAUGAAACACAUAAGGAAAUACAAGAUUUAUUAAAUGGAAUAAUAGGGAAAAGAAAGAAGGCAAUGGAGGUAGGGGAAGCUGCUAAGGAUGAUGUGUUGGGGAUACUUCUAGAAUCAAACUUUAGAGAAGCCAAGCUAAUGGAAACUCAAAAUGUUGGUGGCAAGAAACAAUAUGCUUUAAGCUUUCUUGAAAUGGUUGAAGAGUGUAAGUUGUUCUACAAUGCUGGCCAAGAGACCACAGCAGUGUUGCUUGUUUGGACUAUGAUUUUGUUAGGAAAGCACCAAGAUUGGCAAGCACAAGCUAGAGAAGAAGUUCUUGCAACCUUUGGACACAACCAGCCCGACUUUGAUGGCUUGAACAAUCGUCUUAAAAUAGUGACGAUGAUACUUUAUGAGGUGCUAAGAUUGUAUCCGCCAAUAGGUGCGACCUCGCGAAGGCUAUAUGAUCGGGAAACAAAAGUAGGAGAUUUAACUGUACCACCCGGGGUUGUACUCUCGUUGUCGAUCAUUCAUGCUCAUUUGGAUCCUAAGGUUUGGGGUGAUGAUGCGAAAGAGUUCAAUCCGGAGAGAUUUUCACAAGGGAUUAAUAAGGCAACUAAGGGGACUAAUGCAUACUUGCCCUUUGGUUGGGGACCAAGGAUAUGCAUUGGUCAAAAUUUUGCACUUAUUGAGGCAAAGAUGGUUAUGGCUAUAAUUUUACAACGUUAUUCUUUUGAGCUCUCACCAUCGUACAUCCAUGCUCCUACUAGUUUUAUAGCUGUUUCGCCACAACAUGGUGCUCAUAUCAUCUUACAUCGACUUUAACUCUAUUGAUAGUUUAUAAUAAGGUUUACUAAGCCAUUUACGAGCAGUUUUGUUAGACUUUGUUUGGAUUGAAAGAAUUUGUUGACUCUCUUAGGUUUUGAUGAUGACUACACUUCAUAUAAACAAAUAUAUAUUUAGAGAUUUUUUGCAGGUCAAUAUUCGGUCGUGAUAAGAUCGUUGAUGGUACCUAUGACUUGGUCUAUGAACAUGUACUCGUCAAAGGAAUUCAAAGAAGUUAGAAAAGGUAUAUCGCUUAGGAUGUCAAAUGUAGACAUGAGGUCUACUGUUUCCAAGUUUGAUGAUCUAAAAAAACUGGAAUUUGAAAACAAUGUAGUGUUCCCAGACUGGAGUCUGAAGUAAAUACGUCUGCUGGAAAUUCUGAUUUUUAUGAUUUCUGAUUUUUUAGUUGAUGUAUUAGUUAAAAUUAAUUUGUUGCAUUAUUUAAUUAUUAAAGUUAAUUGGCAAAAUACUUUAUAAGCA